AUUGAGAGCGCUUAGUAAUGGAUAAGCUGGAAGAAUUAUCCUCGCGUAUAUUUCCAUCCGAUGCAUCCAAAGGCAAAAUCGGUUCAAUACAGUACAAUGUGUGGUUGGCACAGUUGUUUGGGGUGCCUGUGGUGGGCCUAAAGGCAGAGUCGCCGCGCUUGAGGAUUGCGCUCGGCAUAUAUGGAGUGCUGAUGACGCUGGUGGUGACAUUCUUUUACACGUUUUUUGAAAUUUACGAUAUGAUUUCGUGUUGGCCCAAUUUGGACAGUUUGACGCAGAAUAUUUGCUUGUCCCUGACACAUAUCGCCGGAGUGUUCAAGGUUAUCAAUAUUAUUUAUCGGCUGGACGAAGUAGCCUUUGUGGUGAGAAGAAUUGAGUACUCAGCCAAAACUUAUGUGGUUUCAAAAAGUCAGUUAGUCGCUUUUUAUCGUGGUGAAUUUGAGAAUAAAAUACCGUUAACCAUUUAUGCCUCACUGGUGGGUUUCACAGGCGUGCUAGGCCUCAUGUAUCUGUUCUACAAUCCCAACGGCGUUGCGGGUCAAAUAUUCCCCUAUCGCGUGAAAUUGCCGGAGUGGAUGCCUUUCGGCAUGCAACUAGCCUACAUGGGCAUGAGUGUUUUGGUAUUUGCGCUGCAGAUUGUCGCCAUCGACUAUCUCAAUGUGACCAUGAUCAAUCAGAUACGUUUUCAAUUGAAAAUACUGAAUUUGGCUUUCGAGGAGCUCAAGUUGGAUUGUGUUAAUGCGAAGGAACAAGAAGAGGUCAACAAGCGCUUACAAACCAUAGUUGAGCACCAUUGCCUGCUCCACGAUCUGCGCAAUGAUGUGGAGGAUAUUUUUCGCCUGCCAGUGCUCUUACAGUUCUUCACCUCACUCAUUAUAUUCGCCAUGACGGGCUUUCAGGCGAUUGUCAAAGUGGAGAACUCAAAUGGCGCUGCACUCAUUUACUGUUAUUGCGGCUGCAUUUUUUGUGAGUUAUUUGUGUAUUGUUGGUUCGGCAAUGAGGUGUCCGAGCAGAGCAAAACUUUGGCCGCCAGCGGUUACAGCUCGAAUUGGUAUGCGUUUGAUCAGCGCUUCAAGAAAUCACUCUUAAUAUUUAUGUGCAAUUCGCAAACACCGUUUGUUUUUACGGCUGGCGGUUUCAUGUCUCUGUCGCUGCCCAGUUUCACUGGUAUUUUGAGUAAAUCUUAUACAGUUAUAGCGCUCUUGCGGCAAGUGUAUUCACGCUGAAAUUUAUAACUUUCAUGGAAAGCUUUCGCAAAGAGCUUUCGCGAAAAACUUUCACAAAAAGCUUUCAUAUAAAACUUUAUCAAAAUGUGUUAAGCAGACCACAUUCUUUAUGACUUACGGAUCUUACGAUGUGAUUACGAUCAAUUCAAGUUCAAUUAAACAAAAUAAAAAAGGUAAAUAACAAAGGAGGGAAAAUUUAGGUUUAAGAAGGUUCCAGAAAAGUGGGGACGACCGCGAUAAUUAUCAUAAGAGCUAGUUGAAUCACGAUACUCUAAAUCAGUUCAAUAUUUCUCAUGUCUACAAAAGAAAAGAAGGAGUUCACAUGAUUCUUAUCUGACAUAUGCCUUUUCCUUCCAAAAAUCUGCGUUUCUAUCUGAGUUUCCAUCAACUGAGUAAAAAGAUUUUACGUCCAUAUUCUAAGAAGAAGAAAGAGAUGUUUCAUUACGUUUAAAUAUCAAUACGGUAAGACAAAAUUGAUUGAAUUGAGUUUCGAAUUGCUUCUGAACUUCCUCAUCGUUUUCCUGACGAUGCUGCUUGGUUGAAAAGUUAGAAAUACGGAAGAUAUAAAAUCUUAUCAAAUGCAAAUUUCUUGGAAUCAAAUAUAGCAAAUAUGUACGUAACAGAAUCUAAUAUGGUUGGGUAUGUUACCGUAUUGGAUACGUGAUAAGUACUACGUAAAG